UCAUAGACAAGCAAAGCAGAAGGUCACAUAAGCUUCACAGAGAGAGACACCAUGGGGAACUGUGUGGAGGGCGCCAAAGGUUACUUCUGCCGACCGAAGAACACCAACGUGCGUCUCAGCCUGCCAGUUGUGUGCUUCGUCUGGCAGAUCGCCAUGAUCAUCCUUUUUGGGGUCUUCAUCAGGUAUGAUGAGGAGUCGGACGCGCACUGGGUGGAACACAAGAAGUCCCACAACAUAACUAGCAAUAUCGAGAACGACUUCUACUUCAGAUAUCCCAGCUUCCAAGACGUCCAUGUGAUGAUCUUUGUGGGUUUCGGUUUUCUGAUGACCUUCCUGAAGCGCUACAGCUUUGGCGCGGUUGGCUUCAAUUUCCUUGUUGCUGCCUUUGGCAUCCAAUGGGCUCUUCUCAUGCAGGGCUGGUUCCAUUCUCUUGACCUCGACACUGGGAAAAUCUACAUCGGUGUUGAAAGUAUGAUCAACGCUGACUUCUGCGUGGCAGGCUGUCUCAUCGCUUAUGGAGCGGUUCUGGGCAAAGUGAGCCCAGUUCAGCUGUUAGUCAUGACCUUGUUUGGUGUCACUCUGUUCGCAGUGGAAGAGUACAUCAUUCUUGACCUGAUUCACGCAAAGGAUGCUGGGGGUUCCAUGGUGAUCCAUACCUUCGGAGGAUAUUAUGGUCUGGGCAUCUCCUGGGUUCUCUAUCGGCCUAACUUGCACCAAAGCAAACGACUGAAUGGUUCCGUCUACCAUUCCGACAUAUUCGCCAUGAUCGGCACUCUGUUCCUGUGGAUGUUUUGGCCCAGUUUCAAUUCUGCCAUCGCAGACCACGGAGAUGGGCAGCACCGAGCAGCCAUGAACACCUAUCUAGCGCUGGCAUCCUCUGUCCUCACCACAGUGGCCAUCUCCAGCUUGUCACAGAAGAAGGGCAAACUGGACAUGGUGCAUAUCCAGAAUGCAACCCUGGCAGGAGGUGUCGCCAUGGGAACGGCAGCAGAGUUCAUGAUCAUGCCCUACGGCUCUUUGAUCGUUGGGUUUUUCUGCGGCAUCCUGUCCGUCUUUGGUUACCUCUUCUUGACGCCCUUCCUGGAGAAGCAUCUAAAGAUCCAGGACACAUGUGGGGUCCACAACCUGCACGCCAUGCCCGGGGUGAUCGGCGGCAUUGUUGGAGCCAUCACUGCUGCGACUGCAACCGAGUCUGUCUACUCCCAUGAGGGAUUAAUCAAUACUUUUGACUUUGAGGGGGAUUUUGAGGGCCGGACUGUUUGGUCCCAGGGAGGUCACCAGGCUGGUGCCAUGUGUGUGGCAAUUGUCUUUGGGAUCUUUGGAGGUAUCCUAGUUGGUCUCAUCCUCCGGUUCCCCAUCUGGGGAGAUCCUGCUGAUGAGAACUGCUUUGAUGACGAGGUGUACUGGGAGCUGCCCGAGGAUGAGGAGAGCAUCCCUCCCAUUCUAGAGUACAACAACCACAUGACUCACAAGCACCAAGACAUAUCUGAGUCCAACUUCUCUGUGGAGCAAAGUUAGAGUACACACCUGACACCCUCUUCUGUUGACCUCAUUCAUGGGACAUGGCCACAGUGAACUUGGUUUUGAAUGGUUUUACAUGACUCUGAAUUGAAUCAAGAUGAAAUUGUAGAUAUAACCAAGUAUUUUUCUAUCCACCAGAAAUUUGAAUUUAACAUGUAAAGCCUCUCAACGUAACAUUUAUCCAGAGUAUUUAAAUAAAAAUGUACGUAGUCCUGUGAAGAAUGUAUGAACAAGCUGCUCUGAGGCAGGUUGUGCUUUUUUUGCACAAAGCAUGAGUACCUUUCUAAGAUCUCAUCAGAUGUUUGCCUUUGUGACUUUCUGAUUGCUGUGUACGGGAUGGAGAUUUACAGUAUUCAAACUACGAGCCAGUGUGAAGUUAUAGUAGAACAAUGAAACUUUCAGGUUUUGAUUACAGAUGAUGUGUGUAGCUUUGAAAGCAAUCUGUACAUGACACUUAGGCACUCUGUCUCUGAUCUAUCGCUUACUUCUUUACUUUGUGAUAAUGUAACUAGGAUGAAUUUCCAGACAUCUGCCAUUUUCUUGUCUUCUUAUGUGAAUCUGUUUGUUAACUAUAUAUUAUGCUUAUUUAAAGUUUCAGAAACUGUAUAAUAAAUGUUCUAACUGAAAUAAAAUAGUUAUGUAGUAAUGUUAAAUGUA